CGCGGAUCGCGGCGAUCUUCUCGCUCUCGAUCCGCGCACAGAGCUGUCACCAUGUCCCUGGCGGCUUCAGCGGGCCGGGGCCCGGGAACCGUGUGGUCCCCAACACACGUGCAGGUGACGGUGCUGCAGGCGCGGGGCCUGCGGGCUAAGGGCCCUGGGGGCACUAGCGAUGCGUACGCCGUGAUCCAGGUGGGCAAGGAGAAGUACGCCACCUCGGUGUCUGAGCGCAGCCUGGGCGCGCCGGUGUGGCGGGAGGAGGCCACCUUCGAGCUGCCGCCGCUGAUGUCCGCCGGGGCUGGGCCCGCUGCUGCCGCCACCCUGCAACUGACCGUGCUGCACCGCGCGCUGCUCGGCCUCGACAAGUUCCUGGGCCGCGCCGAGGUCGACCUGCGGGAGCUGCAUCAAAACCAGGGCCGCAGGAAGACGCAGUGGUACACCUUGAAAUCCAAACCAGGAAAGAAGGAGAAAGAGCGAGGAGAAAUUGAGGUUGACAUCCAAUUUAUGAGAAACAACAUGACUGCUAGCAUGUUUGACCUUUCUGUGAAAGACAAGUCUCGAAAUCCAUUUGGGAAACUGAAGGACAAGAUGAAGGGGAAGAAUAAGGAUAGUGCAUCAGAUACCGCUUCCGCCAUUGUCUCUAGCAUGUCGCCCUCAGUCGACAGUGAUGAUGAGUCGCCUUUGAAAGACAAGAAAAAGAAGUCAAAGAUUAAGACCUUGUUUUCCAAGUCUAAUUUGCAGAAAACACCGCUUUCCCAGUCCAUGUCUGUCCUGCCUACGUCAAAGUCAGACAAAGUGCUGCUCCGUCCAGGGGACUUCCAGUCCCGGUGGGGGGAAGACAACGAGGACGAGCCCUCCUCUGCCUCGGACGUCAUGUCUCACAAGAGAACAGUAAGUGCAGAUCCUAAGCAACUGAACCAGAUCAACUUCACCCUGCCCAAGAAGGAAGGGCUCUCCUUUCUCGGCGGCCUGCGGUCUAAGAACGACUCCCUUUCCCGCUCGAAUGUCUGUAUCAAUGGGAAUCAUGUUUAUGUGGAGCAGCCGGAAGGCAAGAGUGAGACCAAGGACAGUACCUCUUCUUCUUCCCCGUCCCCGCAGGGCUUCAGGAAGAAGCAUUUGUUCUCAUCUACAGAAAACCUGGCUCCCCGGUCUUGGAAGGAACCUGGGGAAGGGAGUGCAGUGUCUUCUGACAAGCGGCUUUCAGAGUCUUCCACAAAGAACUCUCCGAAAUCCAUGACCCUGCCGUCCUCCUGGCUUCCAGUCAGUGGGGACAUUCGGGAAAACACAGCUCCAGCGAAACCAGAGGCUAUGAAAGAAACCAAAGAGAGCAAGAAGCAGGAGAACAAGAAGCCCUCUCUGCUCUCUCUGGUGACGGGAAAGAAGGACGUGGUGAAGAGCAGUGAAGGCGAAAGCCCUGCUGCCCCUACGGGGAAGGAGAAGGAAGUCACGCCUGGGGAGGACGGGCCAGGGCCUGCUGAAGGCCUUGUGAAGAGACUCGAGGCGGAUACAGUGGCCAUUAUCUCUGGACGGGGAAAGUCCCUGAACCCCUUUGAAGAGGUGCCGAUCACAGAACCAGAAGCCGACCCAGGGCCCAAGUCUGAACCGACACCACCUGCUACCUCUGCCAGGGCUCCCCAGACCAAAGCCGUGAAGCCUCGACUGGAAGUGUCUCCGGAGGUUCAGCCCACAGCCAGGCUUCCUUCUUCCCCUAACUCUCCUCCCUUGCUUUCUGCUCUCCCUUCCCAUUCUGGUCAGACACCUGUCCCUUCCCCACUGGGGCAUGGGUCAGAGUCACAGUCCUCCGAAUCUCCUUCUGUCUUCUCCGCUCUCUCACCUCCGCUAGCAGCUCCCAUUUCCACAUCAACUCCUAUUCAAAGCUGGCCUUCCUCCAACGAGGGCCAGGCUGGUUCUGAAGGACUGCCUUUGCUCCAUAAAGCAGAGUUGCAAAAGGAGAAUUUAACACAAGUUCCAAAUACUGUUUCUUGUGCCUUGGGACCACUUUCCAAACAGCCCCCCAUUCCAGUGUGUGAAGGGACAGGAGAGUCUCCCGGGGGGGAGACCAGUGAGAUAGACACGGAGAAGAAGACAAGUGAUGGUGGUUUAGAAAAGCCUCUCUUGACACAGCCUGAAAUGGGGCAACAAGAAGAACUUCUGAGAUUUCCCUCCACGACACAAGACUAUAUCCCUUCAUCGGACAGGGCCCGAGAAGUAACAGUUGCCCUUUCGGUGAGAAGUGGCAGGAUGAAAAGCCCAGCUGGGAAGCCUCCCACGGGGCGACACACAGACUCGGAGAGUCAGUCUGGGUCUUUUGAGAAGAACAAAGUUAGGGACGGCAGAAUGACUUCUGCAAUCAAACCAACAGUGCCUCCCCUUCAGAUGGGAGAAUCGGUCCCCUCACUUGACUCCGUGAGUCUGAGACAUGAAGAGAUGGGGCUGAAUGUUGAUGAGGGCAGGAAAAAAACCAAGAAGCAUGUGUCAUUUUCUGAGCAGCUCUUUAUGGAAGAGGAGGUGGAGAAGUCCCCUGGACUGGUUGAAGAGGAUAGCAGUAACGCCCAGGGGCUGAGGUGUGAAGGGGCUGCCGCCGGCAACGUGUCUGACAGAGAGCCUGCUGAGCAGCCCCAUGCAGAAGACUCCAAGGGGGAAGUUGUCACUGAACCCAGGCUGCUGAAUUCCGGUGUGCCAGGUGCCGUGGCUGAUCGCCUUCCCUUCCUCUCGCUUGAGGAGAGUGUCUCAGAAGGCCCAGUGUGUGACCCAAGCCCAGGGAAAGACAUUCCACUCUUUAGGACCGAGGAAGAUGAUACCCUUAUGGCUCAAAAUCAGAGCAAAGCCAGUGACCAUGAUGGUCUGUUGUCCGAUCCCCUGAGUGACCUUCAGUCUGCCUCAGAUGUUAAAUCUCCAAUCACGGCUGAUCUGGACUUAAGCCUUCCUUCCAUCCCUGAGGUCGCGUCGGAUGAUGAAAGAGUAGAUGAGGUGGAAGAUGGCAGCGAGACAGCAAAGGUGGUGACUCUGGAAGUGGGAGCUCCGUCUUCGAGCACGUUAUCUGCCCAUCCUGAGAAGGCUCCGAGUGGCGAGGCAGCUGGGUUGGCCGUGCCCACAGGCAGCCUUCACGACCUCAGGUCAAAAGCACCCGAAGCAUCUGUUAGGGCUUCUUCAGAGCAGAGUACGGCUUCAGGAAUUCAUAAGCCAUAUCUUGGCAGGAGCUCACGCUUAGAUACACAGCCGCCAGGCCCUGGCGAUGGCGAGGAGGAAGAGCCGAUGGGAAAUGGGAGGCUAAGUCAGCCUCCUGACCCGGCCCUGGAUUCUCCUGUCUCCAGCCCCUCCUUUUCUGAGCCCUUUCCUGCCACACACUCUUUCCCGAGCUCUGCACACUCUGACACUCACCACACCAGUACAGCAGAAUCUCAAAUAAAAGCAACAGCAGAGGGCCUCCCUGGUAAAGUGGAAAAUUCUGGCAAGAGGAAGCCGCUUCUUCAGGCCUGGGUCUCGCCCUCGGAGACACAUCCAGUCUCAGCUGGAACUGGGUCAGCCAAGCACAGACUUCAUCCUGUGAAGCCAAUGAACACAACAGCCACCAAGCCUGCUCACUCCAGCUUGGGAACUGCCACUAUCAUCAGUGAGAACUUGAUCAACGAAGCCAUAAUGAAGAAAUACACCCCCUCGGACCCAGCUUUUGCUUAUGCACAGCUCACCCACGAUGAGCUGAUCCAGUUGGUCCUCAAACAGAAAGAAACGAUAAGCAAGAAAGAAUUCCAGGUUCGCGAGCUGGAGGACUACAUCGACAAUCUGCUAGUCAGGGUCAUGGAAGAAACCCCCAACAUCCUCCGAGUUCCGGCUCAGGUGGGCAAGAAGGCAGGAAAGAUGUGAAUGGCCCGUGUACAACACAGAUUUUCUCUGUGUUUGCUUCCACCUCCUCCUGAGGUCAAGGACUCUGUGUACCUGAUAACCAGCAUACAGGCUCCAAGUCGCCACCUCCCUUGCAUGUCUUCUGGCAAGAGUCAGUUCUACCACUUGAAGCCCGGUUAAUUAUUACAAUGAAUCUCCUACUGUACAUUCCCAGGGUUUUAUUUUUAAAUGCCACUGUGCCUUAUGUUGUAAAUACUUUAUGCCCUGACCAAAGACAUGGUCAUAAGAUCUGAUCCUGGCCCAGAGAUUCACAUGGUGCCAGGGGUAUUAAUAUAUUUUAACAUUGGGGUUUCUUUUCCUUGACAUUGAAAUUCUAAAAUAUGUAUCCCCCAGUCAUUAAUGCUUGGGGUGAAAUGAGAAGGUGCUGUGUUACACAUACUUUCUUGGCUUUUGAGUUGCUCAGGCGUGGCUUUUUUGGCUGCGGAUGCUAAAUUUUGGUACCAUGUCAACCUCACGGCUUCUUGGACUUGGUCUUAAUUGGACUAGAGCAGAGUUUAGGGAAAGCCUUUGAGUGUGCCUUAUAGAUACUGAAUGAGUUGCCUUUUCUAAACCUCAGCUUCCACUACUGUCUAGCCUUACAGUGUGCUCUGUGUAGGUCCACAGGGCGCCUGAGAAGUGUAUCAGAACGAGGGGGAAAUGAGAGAGUCGCUUUGUACUCAGUUAGGGGGAGUUGGUCCAAGUCCCUCCUUGCAUGGUAGCAGGGUUCCUGCUGGCUAGGGCGGCCUCGUCAGUGCCUUGAUAAGGGACUGGGUGACCCAAGUGCUUGCUAAAACAGUUCCAUCAGGUAUGGAAUGAUUUUAGUAGGAUUCCUCUGCCCUGUUCCCCUGUGCCUUAGCUCCCCGGUUUCCUAGGCAGCUCUUCCUGGCAUUUCCCUCCCUUGUUAUAAAAUUGUAAAGAGCAAGAAGAUGAUACUUAUUUUGGGAUUGAUGUAUUUUAAAAAAGAGAUUAAUGCACAUUUUUCAGAAAAAUUAGGACACUUGCCCUCUUCAUAAUACUACCAGCUCAGGUUCUUCAAGUAGUUCCACUGUUAGUAACCUAAUAUUGGAAUUAGAAGAUGUCUGUAUUACUCAUUUUUUUCUCCUGGUUGGGACAGAAUCUCAUCAGAUCUUGACCUCUUUCCUGGGGAAAGAAUAUCACCGGCCAAUGGGGUGGGCAAGGGUGGCAAUACUAGCAAGUAUUAAACUGAGAAUCUCUUCUUUGUAUGUUCUUGUUAUAUUGAGGUUAAGAGGCAAGAUUGUUGGCAGCAGAAUUUCUUUCAAAAUCAUGUUUGCUUCAACCUUAGUUAUAUUGGAGCACUUUAAUCUGAAGGAUGAUACUGUAACUUGAUUUAUCUAAUUAGCUUUUAAUUAUCUGUAACUAUUUUAUUUAAUUCUUUCCUACAGUACUGGGGACCACUGUAAACUUCUCAGAUGACUUGUAUUUUUGUAGUGCUAUGAACCUUAUUUACGUACCUACAAAGAGAACUGUAUAUUCACUUGAACUCUGAAAAUGUACAUGUAUAUAUUUGUUCUGCAACAUGUUUUUUACUUGACAUAAGUGUGUUUUGACUGUGAUAACCCAAGUGCAGUGGGGGGCAGGUGUGCUCUGAAUGGUUUCUCCUUUGAGGAGCUGGCGUGGAGACCUGUGCUGUUCAGCAGGGCUGGUGGGUUUAGAUUGCUGCUAGGACCUCGGUAUGUACCUGGGUCAGUGUUUGAGAGGGACGUCUGAGUGGAGGAGUGAAUUCCUGUGCUCUGAAAUGCCACUUGGGAACUCUGGAGAAUGAAGGACAAUGUACUCCAAGUGUGUCUAGUUUCUACCACUGCUGGGGGAAAAAAAAUUCAGUUGAUAGUAUUCCUGUAUUUCUCAAAGUAGAUAGCCUGAAGGUCACUAGUUAAUAACUGUCCUUGAGGACUCUACUUGUGGGGUGAAUUUAUCUAAGAAAAGCCUUAGCCCACUCUGAGCCUUUAGCAGGGCUUGUUGAGUUGGAGUGCGGACUCCUAUAUCGCGCAUAUUUCCGAAGGCCUGUGCCUGACCUGUGCAAGAGUUGGGACUUGCCUCUAGCUGCUGUGUAUGCUAACCUAAUGGAUGGGUAAUGGAUGGGUUGAAGCUGUGCUCUGGCGAAGCAGGGGGGCUCUCUCCUCAGCCUUGCCUAGCUCCUUCCAGAAAGAACAGUCAGUACUUAAGGGGGACAUCAGAUUAAAUACCAAACACUUUGCAGUGAAUUUCAGAUGGAGGUUAGCUGCAUGAAAAAAAUGUCAACCCUUUGCUUGGUGGUUUCAUAUCAUCUCAUUCCUUGGACUUUGAUAGGUCUACUGUCCUUCCCUUUUAUUCCUGUGUGCUAACCUUAUCAGGGUAGCAGAAUGAAGAAGAAGGGCCGCCCUUUGCCACGUGGAGCAGCUGGUGACCUGAGAGGCGUGUGCAUGUAUGCACGUACCAAUGGGAUGCGUGUAUGUGGGUCCAGCUUUGCUUACAGUGGGAGCCCAAAAGGGCAUCAUCGAGGGAGGAAGGUCCAGGACACUCAGCCACAUGCUAUAUUGAAGGCCAGAGGCAAUUUAAUGUUAAAUUAUGCAGGCUCUUUCCUCACUGGGUCCCUUCUCCCAACUGACUCUCCUCUCUUUUUUAGAACUACUAAUUAAUAAUCCCUCCAGGCUGAAAGAUUGUCUUAGGUGGAGAAUGAAAUCUAGUAUUCACACCAAUCUCAACUCUGUGGUUUCUCAGUAUCUAUUACGUGAACUACUAACUUGACCUCUUUCUCCCUCUGACUCUGGAAGGAUCGCCCAGUGUUUUUGGAUUAUAGUUUUUUCCUGCUCUGCUACUUUGGGAGUUUUUAAUAUCUGAUUUUGUUCUUAAGAAGUAGCCUAAAAUUUCCUACAACACUAAAUAAAAUGGUACU